AUGAAGCUGAUCUUCGUGUGCGCUUUGAUCGCCAUUGCUGCCGCUGCUCCUAGGCAGAAACGCCUUACAGUUGGAACGAUCGCUGUCAGUGGAGGAGUUGGCGGUUCCACCGGGUGUGUCGUUACGGGAAAUGUAGUCUAUGCAAACGGAUUCAAAUUGCGUGAAUUGACACCGAUCGAACAAGAGGAGCUGCAAAUCUAUCAGAAUCAGGUGGCCGAAUACAAAGAGAGUCUUAAGCAAGCCGUUAAAGAACGUCAGGAAAAUCUGAAGGCACGUAUGGCUGGAAAGAAGAUGAAGUCACUGGAGACUAGUUCCGAAGAUCUUCCAAAGGCACCGAAAAAGCCAUCAUUUUGCUCCGCCAACGAUACCACUCAGUUCUACUUUGACGGAUGUAUGGUUCAGAACAACAAGGUUUACGUCGGUACAACUUAUGCACGUGACCUAACACCCAGCGAAAUUGAAGAGCUAAAGGUGUUCGAGAAGAAGCAGGUCGUGUACCAAGAAUAUGUUCAGAAGCAGGUACAGCAGGUGAGACACUUCUUCCGUUUAUUCAUUUUCUGA